AUGGACGCAUACCAUCAGAGGCAACGGGUCUCUUCCACGCCCACACGUUCCGACCCGACCUCCAGUCUGGGACAGCUUCGCCAGAACCUACGCGAUGCUCGCCUUCGAGAGACCAUGCAUCGCCCUCACUAUCCGUCGCCUCUGUCGCGGUCACCAGUGCAGGCCUCCAUCUCGUCAGCGUCUCGUACAGCUGCAUCGGUGGCAAGCUCCUCUCGGUCCACGGUCUCCACGUCGACCACACCGCCCUCUUCCACAUCCCGCUUCUCCAUCAGCCAGGCAUUUCAAGCUUUGAACGACGACGAUAUUGGCUUCUUUGAUCGCCUCAUCUCCUCCCUUCCAGCCCAUGCUGCCGACUUUGCGCAGCUCAAGUCCGCAUACACUGCUCACCUGGCCGACGAGCUCGAUUACAGGCAUCGUCAGGCGAGCUCAUCUCAGCACGCCGAUCAUACCGACUGGGACGCUCAUCUUUGGUUCAUUCUGCUCAGCCUCGUCAAAGUGCGCGGCAGCACGUGGCGAGAAAGGUGGGACUCGGUCCGACUUGCUUUCGGCCUCGACCCUCACAGCGGCGACGAGACAGACCAGAGCGCCGCAACACAGAACACAAGCGUCAGCGCAACGGGCAGCUCGACUCAGCAUGCCUCCGACUCGGAGUCAGAACACGAGUGGGAGAAGAGUCAUCGACAGCGGCUGCAUGACCAACGAAACAGAUCGCGCUCAGAACACGCACCCCGACUCGACCUCGGUCUACCGCGGUCGAGCAGCCCGCAACCAAGCCGUAGACAAGAAGCCCUAGCAGAGACGCCAACUCGAUCGCUGCGGGACGAGCUGGACCAGGACGAUCGGUCGCGUCUUCGGCGAACGCAGCUUGAUGAUCCGAUUUCUGCAAUCCAGGCUCGUCUUAGUCGAAUGCUGGAGACAGAAGAUGAUCUCGAACAGAACGACUCGAGGGCGACCGACGACCGCGAAGAGACUUCCGCAAACCACGUCGCUCGCCUCCCCUCCGACGCUAGACGCCGCUUCGAUCAGCUCGUACAAUCGUCCCUCCUGGCGCGUUCCAGACUGCGACAAUCUCAGGCUGAGACCUACGAGACGGAAGCGCAGGGGGAAACCAACGAAUCAAUCGGGGAAGCCGACUGGUGGCGGGCGCGUCGACUCCUGCAGACAAGCUUAGCCUGGUGGGUCACAUUGACUCGCAAGCAUCUCGAGAGGAGUCAAAACGCAGUCGAUGCCAGCGGGCAUGUCCUCGUACAAAAGGCAUGGGAACGCUGGAGAGCCGAGUCGCUCCGAGGUCUGGAACCUAACGAGAUCGGUGAAAAGACGGACCGAGUCCGCUGCACUCUCACCGCCUUCCGACACUGGAAGCGCCGCGCACAUACUGCCGUCGAGCGCAAAGAAGAGCUCAAGAAAGGCUCGAUGCGGACAGCCUACUACACCACGACCGCGUCUGUCAAAAAGCGGAUGCUAACGCAGGCAUUCGCUCUUUGGAGACAUCGUCACAGGAGCAGUCUCGCGGACGACAUCCGACAGCAUCACCUUCAGAGCGGCGCAUUUGCUCUGUGGCAGAUGCGCUCUUCUCAAUGUCAACAGCUUUCCACUCGAGAAAAGGUCGUCAAGAUCCAGCAGAACCAUUCCAUCCUCUCGCGCGCCUGGGAUCGAUGGGUGGACAAAUCGGACCAAGCGCAAGACGUGCGACAGUUUCAGCAUCAUCACCAUCGACGACUGGCUUUAGAUGCGCUGCACAUUUGGCGAGAGCGAGCGACGCUGUCCAGCCUGGCAGAGGCAUUCGCAGAGCGCCGGCUGAAGCUAGCAGCACUCGAUAGCUGGAAGGUCGCUGUGGAACAGCGACGCUCGCACCGUAAGCAAGAGGCUCUGGCGAGUCGUUGGCGUGCCCGGCGCCUCAAGUCAAGCUCCCUUGCUGCUUGGCGAAAUCGGAACCACGACCUGUCUGCAAAGCAGCAGCAAGCGAUCGAGAUGCACAAAGAGGCUCAGAGCGAGAAACUCCGAUCCGCGCUUCGUCGCUGGCAGCUCCGAUCGCGCGCAGCUCUGCUCGAUCGCGUCCGCACAACGGGAAGCAUGGAACGCUCGUUCCACCAGUGGAAGCAUCGCUACACCACAUUGGCAACCAGUCUCAACAAGCGCGAAACAUCCAUCGUCGGUCGGCGUCAAGAGCAAGUCAAAGUAGCCUGCUUCGUACGAUGGCGACAGCUGGCAAAGCAGAUACGCGACCGAGAAGCCGAUGCACAGGCUAGGCGCAACGAAACAAUAUGCAACGACUUCUUCAUUGCCUGGCGAAACAAACAACUCGAGCAUCGUCUCCUGCAGCAAAAGUCGGAAGCCGUCUCUCACUUCUUCACAUUGCGCUCGACAUUACGACAAUGGCGAGUCCGACUGCGCGAGCAUCGCGGGGAUGUCAAAGAAGCAGCGCACGAUCAACGCUUGGCCCACCAGGUCUUCGAGAUCUGGAGAUCGAAAGCUGCGAAACAGCAACGUCUAGCGACGCUGCUGCAGGUCACCCUGGCCAAGAAGGACGAGGCGCUUGCACGGGCUUAUUUGAAGGAAUGGGUCGCCAAGAUCAUCGAGGUGCGGAAUCGAGAGCUCGAAGUCAAGGAGCAACGAGAGCGCCGCCUCGUCAAGGCCGCCUUCUACGCAUGGAUCGAGGCGUGCUUGCGACACGACGAUCUUCUGGCGCUGAUGAACAGCUACAUCGACGUCAAAGAAGAGGACAGGAAGAGGCAAACGUUCCUGCGCUGGCUCGACGCUGCCCGCGAGCACAAAGAACGGCGCGAGAAAGCGGAAUUGCUGGCAGUCAACACAAGGAAGAAGCUGCUUCUCGCGACGUGGGGCACCUGGCAGGACAAGAUCAGAGAGCGCUUGUUGGCGACACAAGAGUACGACAUGCUGAUUCGCAGGCAGCAGCUAGCCAAACAGUGGGCGCUCAAAGCCUGGCAAUCCCAGACGCUCCUGCUCCCAGCAAUUCGGAUGCGAAACACGUCGCUCAAGCGGAGCGCCCUGCAGCAAUGGCGGGAGCACCUCCCGGAAGCACAGAAGCUGAAUCAAGCUGACGGAAUCCUCCGCAGGAAGCUUUUGCAACGCAGCUGGCAGGCGUGGAAGGACAGUUCAAAGGCCAAGCGCCAGCUUCGAGCCGCGGCCCGCUUUGGUGCUGGCAGUAUUAGCGCGCAGAGACUGCGGAAGUUGUCGGCCGCGGCCUCGGCUGCGAAUCGCUCGGCAGGCUCUCCAUCUCCAUCCGCAGCCCAUUCGUCUUCCCCGCUACGACCUUCUAGCAUGGUCACGCCUGCACGGCGGCCGAGGACGAGCAUGGCGCUCCGAGCUCCGACGCCUGUAGACGACGGCGCAGAAGUGGCGGCGGAAGGCAGCAGACCAAGCCGACCCACGAACAGGGAAGCGAGCUUCUCAAGACGAAGUACGUCCGUGCCGCGUCACCUCGAGACGAGCUUCUCGGCGACCUUGGAGGCCGCCACUCCCGUGCGCAGUGGCAAUGCUUCGAGGGAGCGAGACGCCGACUCGCCCUCCAAAGAGGCUCUCUCCCGCAAGACUCGCACUGCCGCCGCUUCAGCUGUUCCAUCGUCGACCAGCUUCUCUCUGGCUCUCAAGUCGUCCACCUCCACCAUCUCGGCCACGCCGAUGAGCCCACGCCAACCACGACCCACUCACAAAGGUCCCACCCUUUCAUCAGCAGCCCAGCGAAGCGCCCUCACCGGCCAGGCGAGCGACACCGACUCGGACUACGUGCGCAGGAUCCGACGAUCGGCAAAGUAUGAACAAGGGACGCCAACUGCAGGGUCGCGCACGGUGGGUCUGCGUCCGCCGGUCAGCAAUGAUGGCUUCGAGUCCGGCGACUCGGUCCAGUCUGCGCCCGUGCAACCACGGCGGCACCGGGAGUCGCUCGCCGUGGCCGAAGACAUGAUCUCACAACUGCGCGCGAAAGCUCGGCCCAACAGCGUCAUGUAA